AUGGCAAAGGCAUUGCAGUUACCUGCAAUAAGUCCGUUUGAUGUAAAUGGUGACCAAACCAGUGUCUCACAAAGGUGGGAUAAAUGGAAGAAAACUUUUGAAUUCUACCUAACAGCGUCCGGCAUUACAGAUAAAGCGCAAAAAAGGGCUCUGUUUCUGCAUUCAGCGGGAAGUGAAGUUCAGGAAAUAUUCGAUACCCUCGGUGAUACGGGAGACGACUUGGAGGGCGCUAAAACGAAAUUGGAUGAGUAUUUUCAACCAAAACAGAACAUAGCGUUCGAGCGCCAUUUGUUCAGAAAUGCGGCACAAGGUGAAACAGAGAAAAUCGACAGUUUUGUGACUAGGCUGCGCAAGUUGGCCGUGACCUGUGAGUUUGAAAAGCCAGAUGACAAUAUUCGCGACCAAAUCGUUGAAAAGUGCAAAUCGUCAAAAUUAAGGAAAAGGCUCCUAAAGGAAAAGGAACUAACUUUGAAAAACGCGAUGGAUAUAGCCCGAGCUGGCGAAAUUGUAGACGAGCAAGCAGACAGAUUUAAGGGCAGUGAAACGUUUUCAAACUCUGAUGUUAAUACUGUCAGACCGUCGGUGAAUCACCCAAAAAGGUACGGGAGUGAGAAAAGUUCACAGAGGGAUGUCACGUGUUUCCGUUGCGGGCGCAAGGGCCACAUUGCAAGGAAUUGUACAAUCACUAAGGACAAAAAUUGUAAUAAGUGCGGAAAAAAGGGACAUUUCGCAAAAGUGUGUAAAACGAAAUCGGAUACCCCGCGCACAAAACCAGGUAGGGACCGCGGUACAAAACAUGUUCAUUUAGUACAGAGCGAAUCUUCGGAGGACGAGUUCGCGCUUGCCGUGCACGACAAGUAUACAAAUGGCAUGAUAGACAUUAAUGUGGGCGGAGCUACAGUGCAAAUGCUAAUCGACUCUGGCGCUACCUGCAACAUCGUAAACUCCAAUAUAUGGAGCGCCAUCCGCGCUAACAACGAGAAUAUGUCCCUAUCGAGAAAUACCAAAAGAUUGUUUUCUUACGGAUCAAAGGAACCACUACAAAUACUAGGAACUUUUCAGACAGUUGCAAAGUAUGGGUUACGUGAAACAUCUGCAGAAUUUGCUGUCGUUAAAGGUGAUUAUAUUUCCUUACUAGGGAAGGAUACAGCAGUCGAGCUAGGAGUUCUACGUAUUGGAGUCGAGGGGUCAGACCUUUGUUCUGUUAUAAGCGAAAUAGAUAAGAUCGUUGCCUCAAUGAAUACUGUUUUCGAUGGAGUAGGGAAGCUUAAAAAUUUUCAGCUUAGAAUUCAUGUUGACAAAACCGUGACUCCAGUAGCACAACCGCUACGACGCUUACCAUUUAAUGUAAGAAAAAGCGUGAACAAGAAGCUUGAGGAGCUGGAGAAGAUGGACAUAAUUGAGAAGGUAAACAACCCCACGGCUUGGGUAUCACCACUUGUCGUUGUGCCAAAGAAAAACGGGGAAAUUCGAAUUUGUGUCGAUAUGAGACGGGCCAAUACUGCAGUUCAACGUGAACGAUACCCGAUCCCGACGGUGGACGAAAUGCUGGAAGACAUGAAUGGCAGCAAGGUGUUCUCCAAGCUUGAUUUACGUUGGGGAUACCACCAGAUAGAGCUGGACGAGGAAUCAAGGGAGAUAACUACGUUUGUGACACACGAGGGCCUCUAUCGCUAUAAGCGCCUCAUGUUUGGAAUUUCCUCAGCAUCCGAAAUCUACCAAAGGGUGAUAGGGCAAGUCAUUCAAGGAAUUGAAGGAGUCCGAAAUUUGUCUGAUGACAUAAUUGUUUACGGAACAGACGAGGUGGACCAUAACAGGAAGCUUACAAAAGUGCUUGACAGAUUGGCAGAGAAGGGACUGACUCUAAAUAGAGAAAAGUGCAAAUUCGGUCUGUCGAAAAUUGUAUUCCUCGGACACGUGAUUUCGUCAGAAGGAAUCAUCCGGCCUGACCAAGAAAAGGUCCAAGCAGUAUCAGAGACCAAGACGCCGACGAAUAGUUCUGAAAUAAGGAGUUUUCUUGGACUACCUAAUUACUGCGGACGUUUCAUACCGAAUUUUUCGACGAUUGCAGCCCCACUACGCGAGCUAACAAGGAAGAGCACGCACUGGAGGUGGACGCAAAAACACCAGGAUGCGUUUGACAUGCUUAAAAAAGCCCUUGUAAGUGCUGAAGCACUAGCAUACUACAACCCAAAAGCCGAGACGAGGAUAAUAGUGGAUGCAAGUCCCGUAGGACUGGGAGCCAUACUAGCACAGAAACAACCAGACGGAUUGUUUAAACCAAUUGCAUAUUCAAGUCGAUCUCUAACCGAUGUAGAGCAGAGAUACUCACAGACUGAGCGCGAAGCGCUGGGUGUAGUGUUCGGUUGUGAAAAGUUCCACAUGUACAUAUACGGACUAGAGUUCGAAAUAUGGACUGAUCAUAAGCCACUGACCUACAUUUACUCUCCAAAGUCAAAACCACCAGCCAGGAUCGAGCGAUGGAUUUUGCGACUACAGCCUUAUAAGUAUAAGAUCGUCUACAUACCUGGACCAAAGAAUGCUGCUGAUGCUCUAUCGAGAUUGAGCCGAAAUCGGGUUGGCCGAAUACGCCACAUUGCAGAGGAGUACGCGUAUUUCAUCGCAGAAAAUGCUGUACCAAAAGCACUGACCAUCCAAGAAGUUCGUCAGAAAACAUCGGAGGACCCAGAACUCGCGGAGAUUAUGAGGAAGGUCAAGACGGGGGACGGCCGUCUGAGUCCAAAAUUUUGUACCGUGGAGGCGGAGCUUUCAGUCGUUGACGGAAUAGUAUUACGUGGAUCGCGCAUCAUAUUGCCCAAGUGCCUCAGGAGGCAAACAGUAUCCCUGGCCCACGAAGGACACCAGGGUAUUGUCCGGACGAAACAGAGACUAAGAGAGAAGGUAUGGUGGCCAGGUAUCGAUAUAGAAGCCGAGCGAUUUGUCAGAGCGUGUCAUCAAUGCCAACUUUUAACAAACAGCAAUAGACCCGAACCAGUUCGAACAACUGUUUUACCUGACGGGCCAUGGCAGGAUCUGGCUAUAGACCUUAUGGGACCGUUUCCCUCUGGGGAAUACCUAUUAGUCGUUAUAGACUAUUUCUCCCGAUUCCAGGAAGUAGCCAUAAUGAAGAAGAUAACUAGUGAGAGGAUCAUUUUCCAACUUGAAAGUAUGUUCGCAAGGCACGGCUUACCUUACAGCAUGCGGAGUGAUAAUGGACCACAGUUUGUGUCGGAGGAGUUUAAGGGAUACCUGGAUUUAAAUGGUAUCAAACACAUUCGGACCACACCAUACUGGCCGCAAGGGAAUGGGGAAGUAGAAAGGCAAAACCGAACAUUACUAAAAACUAUAAAGGCGGCAAACGCGGAACGUAAAGAUUGGAGACGAGAAUUACCAAAGUUCUUACUUGCGUAUCGCACGACCCCGCAUUCUACAACUGGAAAAAGCCCUGCAGAGUUGUUGUAUAACCGGAAAAUCCAUACCAAGUUACCAGAGAUGAGUAAAAGGAUCGAUCACCAAGAGUUACAAGAAACAGAUGCGAGACAGAAAUUCAAAUUCAAAAGAAGGGCGGACGAGAGGCGUGGCGCCGUAGAGUCCAAAGUUGAAAUUGGCGACACAGUUGUACAACGUCAGCCUAAGCGCGAUAAGCUGUCAACCGAGUUCGCGCCUGAAAAGUUUGUCGUGAGGGAGAAAUGCAGGAAUGCAGUGACACUCGAAGAUGAAAAUGGAUCAUCAGUAAAGCGAAACUGCACAGCUGUAAAGAAAUUCAUAUCGAACCGCGAAAAUGAAACAGAAUCGCGUGACCCGGAAAUUAGCGCAGAAGAAUCCGGAGAUGAAUCUGAUAAAGACCGUUCUGUCACAGAUACCGGAAGACCAUCCCGGGAACACAAGCCACCUGCGUAUCUAAGAGACUAUGUGACCACUUGA